AUGCACUCUCUCUUUUUUUUUCGUUCUCUUUUUCUCACUUACUUUUUCAUUCUCUUUUACUCUUUCUCUUUUCCUGACAGUUUAUUUAGCUUCUCCCUCUGUUUCUCUUCAUCCCUCUUUCUAUCAUUUCUUUGCGCUACCUCGCCCAUACUUACUCUCUCUUCUAAGUUCGGCCUUUUAUUCUCAAAAUCAUUUCUUCUUCUUCCUUUUCUUCUUCUUCUUCUUCUUCUUUUAGAUUUUCAUUUUCUUUCUUUUUUUCUCAACUCCAACUUAUUCUUUUCUGUUUAUUCUGGGUAUAAUUUUCAUUCAGUUGAAAAAUUCUCUCUCCAUUUCUUUCUUUCUUUCUUUCUUUCUUUCUUUCUUUCUUUCUUUCUUUCUCACGACAUAGUCUCUCUCUCUCUCUUACGGUACCUAACACGCCCUCUCUUUUCAUGCACUUCUUCCCCUUUUCUACAUCUCUCCUCUCUUGGGAAUUUUAAAGAUUUUAAUCCUUUCUUAAUAUUUUAUUUCCAGAAUUUUGUUUUGCCUCUAUUCCAUUAUUUCAUUAUUACUCCUCAUUUUUUUUUAAAUUCCUUCUCCACUUUCUGUAAAACUUUUUUCUCUUCUCUUUUUCUUUUCUUUCUCGCCCUCUUUUCUCUAUUUCCUUUCUUUUCUUCCUACUUCUCACUCUCUCUUCUCUCUCUCACCAUUCACCCUCUUUCUUCACGUUCUCUCUUUACAAAAGGCUUUCAGACUUCAGUCUUUAUUCUCUUAACUCUUUUUUGCUUCUUUUCUCGUUUUUCUUUUGUUGUCUCUCUCUCUUCCCUCUCUCUCUCUCUUUUCCCCUCUCUCUUCACUCUCAUUCUCUUUCUCUCUCUCUCUCUUUUUCCCCUCUCUAUCUUUUUUUUAUUUGAGCGUGAUGAUUUUGCAAGUGAUUCCAAAAAGGUAACCGAAUUUAUUUUCUGUUUCGAAAUAACCUAUUCCUUCUCUUUCUCUCUCUCUCUCUCCCUCUCUUUCUCUCUCUCUCCCUCUCUCCCCCCUCUCUCUCUCUCGCUCCAGUCCCGCCAGAAAUAUAUAGAAAUAAACCACGCGCUCUCCUUCGGAUAG